AGGCUGGGGAGGAGGGUGGGGAGGAGGGUGGGGAGGAGGGUGGGGAGGAGGGUGGGGAGGAGGGUGGGGAGGAGGCUGGGGAGGAGGCUGGGGAGGAGGGUGGGGAGGAGGCUGGAGAGGAGGGUGGGGAGGAGGCUGGGGAGGAGGGUGGGGAGGAGGGUGGGGAGGAGGGUGGGGAGGAGGGUGGGGAGGAGGCUGGGGAGGAGGCUGGGGAGGAGGGUGGGGAGGAGGGUGGGGAGGAGGCUGGGGAGGAGGGUGGGGAGGAGGCUGGAGAGGAGGGUGGGGAGGAGGGUGGGGAGGAGGGUGGGGAGGAGGGUGGGGAGGAGGGUGGGGAGGAGGCUGGGGAGGAGGCUGGGGAGGAGGGUGGGGAGGAGGCUGGAGAGGAGGGUGGGGAGGAGGCUGGGGAGGAGGGUGGGGAGGAGGGUGGGGAGGAGGGUGGGGAGGAGGGUGGGGAGGAGGCUGGGGAGGAGGCUGGGGAGGAGGGUGGGGAGGAGGCUGGAGAGGAGGGUGGGGAGGAGGCUGGGGAGGAGGGUGGGGAGGAGGGUGGGGAGGAGGGUGGGGAGGAGGGUGGGGAGGAGGAAAGGGGUGGGGCGGAAUGGAGUGGGGCAGAAAGGGGUGGGGCGGAAUGGGGUGGGGCGGGGCGGAAUGGGGUGAGGCGGAUUGGGGAGAUGAGGGAUGGGGAGAUGAGGGAUGAGGAGAUGAGGGAUGGGGAGGUGUGGGAUGGGGAGGAGAGGGCUGGGGAGGAGAGGGAUGGGGAGGUGAGGGAUGAGGAGGUGAGGGAUGGGGAGAUGAGGGAAGGGGAGAUGAGGAAUGGGGAGAUGAGGGAAGGGGAGAUGAGGAAUGGGGAGAUGAGGGAAGGGGUAAUGAAUGAACGUGUAUGCGACGGAAGGGUGCUGCUGACCACGCACCCUCCCACACCCCACGCGAUGGGAAGGGAUGAGAGGGUGGGCGGCAUGGGUAGAGAAGCGAUGGUGGAGAGGGGGAACGUGAUGGGCAGGGGAGUGAUGACGACGUGGAGAGAGGAGGAGAGAAGGGAGGUCGGCGGGAAGGCUAAGCGAGGACGAUGGGAGGGCAAGCGUGGGCGACAGUGGCGGUGGGCGACGGUGGCGGUGGGCGACGGUGGGGAGAAGCGUGGGCGACGGUGGGGGGAAGCGUGGGCGACAGUGGGGGGAAGCGUGGGCGACGGUGGGGGGAAGCGUGGGCGACGGUGGGGGGAAGCGUGUGUGACGGUGGGGGGAAGCGUGGGCGACGGUGGGGGGAAGCGGGGGCGACGGUGGGGGGAAGCGUGGGCGACGGUGGAGGGAAGCGUGGGCGACGGUGGGGGGAAGCGUGGGUGA